CCACGGAAAGUAAAGGUGGUGCUCAGUGUGAACGGAGCUGGUCUCAUGUCGACUAAUGGCCCAGAGGCGACGGAGAAAGUGAAGAUCGCGUUUUUACUCGCUUUCCCCCAAGUCUGCAGCGGUCACUUCUGAACCUCCGGUUUUGUUUUUGUUUUGUUUUUGUUUUUUUCUUACUAAAAAGUGCGCAGCAGCAACGCCCCGGGAGGCCGAAAUUAAGGACUCACUAUGUCUGAUGGGGACUAUGAUUACCUCAUCAAAUUCCUGGCCCUCGGUGACUCUGGCGUGGGAAAAACAAGCUUCCUCUACCAGUACACAGAUGGCAAGUUUAACUCCAAGUUCAUCACUACAGUCGGGAUAGACUUCAGAGAAAAACGAGUGGUCUAUAAAUCAACGGGCCCAGAUGGAUCCUCAGGUAAAGGACAGAAGAUCCACAUGCAGCUGUGGGACACUGCAGGACAGGAGAGGUUUCGCAGUUUGACAACUGCAUUCUUCAGAGAUGCGAUGGGAUUCCUCCUCCUGUUUGACCUCACAAAUGAGCAAAGUUUCGUCAACGUCAGAAACUGGAUGAGUCAGUUACAGGUUCACGCAUACUGCGAAAAUCCAGACAUCGUUCUGUGUGGCAACAAAUGUGACCUGGCAGAUCAGAGAGCAGUCAGUGAAGACGAGGCCCGCAAGCUGGCAGAGGAGUAUGGGAUCCCAUACUUUGAGACGAGCGCUGCAAAUGGGCAGAAUGUGAGCCAGGCUGUGGACGUCCUGCUGGAUCUUAUCAUGAAGCGGAUGGAAAGAUGCGUUGACAAGUCCUGGAUCCCUGACGGGACCGUGCGAGCUAAUGGAUCCGCCAUACCAGACAUCCCAGACAGCUCGGACAGGAGCAAAUGUGCAUGUUAGAACGAUGAGGAGCCAUUUUAGCUACACAGGUAUAUCCAUAAUACUGGUGGAAAAAAAUAGGAAGACAACCAAGUUCAAUGUUUCACAGAGUGGGAGUUUAUUGUUGUUUAUUUGUUAGGUAAAACUUAACAUUACUUUUAUGCUGUAUUAUUUGCCAGUUCAGAGUUAAGUGCCUUUUGAAUAUGGACAUUUUCAUUAGGAUUAAUGUCAGUGGGUCUUUUGCAUAAUUAAUUCAUUUUGAUUGUGAGUAUGAGAUAUUUAUUUCUUAUGAUAUCUUGCUUAAAUAGUCCAACUUUUCCUUAUCAGUUGAAAAUGCUGAUCAUAUUUUCAGGUAUAAACUUUUUUUUUGUUUCAUGUUGCAGCAAAGUGGGCUGCCCUGCCAGAUGUGCCAUGAAUAUACUGUUAAUACUUUCUGUUAGUUUAGUGUAGAUUCACUUGUUGUAACUCAAGAAAGAAGUCACCUUUAUUUCUCUUUCUACAGCCAGAUAAAUGUUGAUUGUGACAUCGGCAGUUACUGUUUGUCAGUGGAGAGAAAGUGGCUGUGAUUGUGCUUUUAGGAAACUUUAUGUAACCAUUUAUAUACUACUGAUGAUCGGUUGAAUGUCCAGCUGAAUACUGCAAUCUUACCCGUGCCAGAGCCAGAAAAAAUAUAGCGCACAUUGACCAUCCAGCGUAAGCAAGAUGGACCCUCUACACACGGUAUUUUCUUUUCUAAAUCAAUACUUGCGAAACAUGAGUUAUGUAGUACAGUUAUUCUAAGUCACCUUCACUUCAUUAUAUACAAGUUUGACCAAUAAUUAAUCAUAAAAAUUGAUGUUCAGUAGUUUGGUAGAAAGAAUACAUCAAUCCUGUAAAGCAAUAGUGAAAACUGAGCAGUAACCCUGGUAAAUCAGGUAACUCAUCCUGUUGUAUAUAAAAGCCAUUCAACAAAUACAGAUAUUGAAUUUCAAGUUCUCUUAAUACAUUUUAAAGAAAGAGAUGAAAAUGCAAACUUGUACUCUAGCCUUUGUGCAUAUUUUGACUUGAACAAAAUGUAUUUCUAAAUUUACCUAAAAGUAUCAGUUCGCUCACUUAUAUUUUAGCUAAUUGCUUCAGGUUUUAAUAAAACAUGACUCUAAUGUU